GAGACGAAAACUGAACUGAAUUUAAUGGAGGCAUUUUGAAAGCUUUGCGAAAGAAGGUGCUGUGAGCUGAAGCAGUCAGGAUGAGUUGGGGCACGCUGUACGCUCAGCUGGGCGGGGUGAACAAGCACUCCACCAGCCUGGGCAAGAUCUGGCUCUCGGUCCUCUUCAUCUUCCGCAUCAUGAUCCUGGUGCUGGCGGCGGAGAGCGUGUGGGGCGACGAGCAGUCCGACUUCACCUGCAACACGCAGCAGCCUGGCUGCAAGAACGUCUGCUACGACCGCUUCUUCCCCGUCUCGCACAUCCGCCUGUGGUGCCUGCAGCUGAUCUUCGUCUCCACGCCGGCGCUGCUGGUGGCCAUGCACGUGGCCUACCGCAAGCGUGAGGCCAAGCGGAGCAUCAUCCGCGCCCACGGCGACAAGGUGCAGGACGACCUGGAGAGCCUACGCAACCGCCGCAUGUCCAUCACGGGCCCGCUGUGGUGGACCUACACCUCCAGCCUCUUCUUCCGGCUGCUCUUCGAGGGCGGCUUCAUGUACGCCUUCUACUUCGUCUACGACGGCUUCCGCAUGCCCCGGCUGGUCAAGUGCGAGGAGUGGCCCUGCCCCAACGUCGUGGACUGCUUCAUCUCCCGGCCCACCGAGAAGACCGUCUUCACCAUCUUCAUGGUGGCCUCCUCGUGCAUCUGCAUGGUGCUCAAUGUGGCCGAGCUCUCCUACCUGGUCGUCAAGGCGCUGAUGCGGUGCUCGAGGGGCUCCAAGAACAACCACGCCUACGCCCACCCGGACAAUGUGAGCAAGGACAAGGCUUUCCUGCAGAACAAAAAGAACGAGAUGCUGCUGUCGUCCUCUGACUCCUCUGGCAGCAAGGCUGUGUGA